AUGUCUGAACUACUGCAAGGCUUUGGUUCUCAAGCAACAACGCUUGAGGAGUUAAAAAAAGAGUUGGAGAUGAAGAAAAUUCAAGUAAAGAAUGAGUUUGAAAUGCAAGAAAAAGAGAUUUCCGAAAUGAAGAAACAUCAAGCAGUUUUACAGAAAGAGUUGCUUGAGAAUGAUAAAAUUGAGAAGGAACUAACAGCUGAGAUUGAAAUUGCAAAGGAAAAUAUUGCCGAUAGGAAAAGAAAGGAGAAGGAAUUGUCUAAAAAUUCCCAGGAGAUCAAGGAUCACUACAAGAACAGUUGUAAAGAUUUAUCUGUUGCUCAACAAGAGUACGAGGUAGUUCUAUCAAAAAAGAAGGAUGCCCUCGCCAAUAUCGAAAAUCUCAAGGCAAAAAUUGAGACCCUCAAGCAAAGGAAAGAACAGGCUCUCGAAGUACAAAGAGAAAAGAAGAAAGAAUUCAACCACAAAUCCAAGCAAUUAGUAACCACAGAAAAAGAAUAUCUAGAGAAAGAAGCAGUCUUAAAAAAGGAGAUUGAAAAAUGGGAGGCUGAUCUCGGAAUAUUCCGAGAGCAGUUUAGAAAGGAGGAAGAGGCACUAGAAAAACAAAUUAAGAACACCGAGUCUAAGGCUGAGGAAGCGAGAGAACAAUAUAUCAAAGCCAAAAACGAAUUUGAUGAAAUAAGAAAGGCCCGAGAUAUAGAAAUUGGAGGUCCUACCCUUAAUGAUGACAAAUACAAGGAACAUGAUCUUCUGAUUGAGGAAAUUUACAGAUUAGAAGGUCUGUUGGAAAUGCAAAAGUUGGCAGAGGAGUUCUUUUUAAAACAUUCCGAAGAGCUACUGAGAGCCCACGAGGCUAGACUGAUAAAGGAGCAUGAAAUUGAUCUUCAAGAGGUGUCCGAGAGAAGGAAUACAUCUGAGGAAGAAAAGAAGAAGCUGCUUCAAAGAAAGAAGACCAGCAGAUAUGGAACAGCUGAACACUUCAUGUUACGAAAGAUUAAGGCAGAAAUUGAUUUGAUGAAUCAAUGGAUAGAGUUGUCUAAAAACGCUGUGCCAACAUUCUCUGUACCUACUGAAAUCGUUAGAAGGGAUUGCAUCAACGCCAAGGUCAUGGAGAUCGUUGAAAGUGAGCAACAUAAACUAAAACAGGAUGAACAAUUGUACGACUAUGUGGAAAUGAUGAGACUUUUGAAGGUUAAUAAGAGAAAAGAAGAAUUUUUAAAGAAAGCAAUUGAAAAGAUCUCGUCAAUGGUUGGAGAAAAUGUGACCGAUAUUGUACAAAUGAUUGAAGAAAAUCCAUUUGAUGACUAUCCUCUUGAUUUGCAAGAGGGAUCAACGGCAACAAGAGCCAGGCCAUUUGACGACGAGCUGUUGUCGAAAUCUAGAUUAGAAAAUGUUCUUCCAAAUGAAAAGCCAGCAUCCGAGCUUUCAAGAGUGGUUGACAUCGACAAGCUUCUCAAUAUGGGAAGCUUGAUAAAAGAAAAAGAUAUAGAAGUGAAGUGGCUAGAAACAAAGAGAAAAUUAUUGGAGGCUUACACAAAGAAUGUAAUUCCUAACCUAAGAAAAUUCGAGGAAGUACAGUCAAAUCCCGAGAAGCUGAACUAUGGAUAUCAAACAGUUUAUUCUUCUCCCUUCCAUUACAUAAUCCAAAAAAAAGACACCGAAAGAGCUCAGUAUGUGGACAAACUGGACGAGCCCCAAUUGUUUUUCAUGGUGGAAGAACCUCAGAAAACAGACUUGCCAUUGUCAAGGACACAGGUUAGCAUCAGGAGCGACAGAAAUUAUCUCUUUAUUGAGCACCCCAAGAGAAGAAUUGAAAUUGACAUUAGAGAUAUUGUUGAUGUUUUACCGGGAUUCCAAACCAGAAUGAUGAUUGAAAAAGGAGAUGCCAAGAAAGAAAUGUUCACUUUGUGCAUUCUUCUAGAGUCUGGUUGUAUUAAUAUUGAAAUUGACGAUACUCAACCCUCUAAACGAGACUUUUGGUUGAAGGUAUUGCUGUCCUUGAUGUUCGAAGUAAGAAAUAAGUAA